CGGCCUGCGCGCCCCAGGCCUCCAUGGCGUUCACCCGGAAGAGGCAGCGCGAGCAGCAGCUGCAGCUCUACUCCAAGGAGAGGUUUUCCUUACUGCUGCUCAACUUGGAGGAGUACUACUUUGAGCAGCACACAGCUUUCCAUGUCCAGCAUCAGGGCAGCCACGAGGAAAGGAAAAUCAGAGGCUCCUUAAAGAUAUGUUCAAAAUCAGUGAUUUUUGAACCAGAUGCAAUAUCUCAGCCCAUUCUUAAGAUUCCUUUGAGAGACUGUUUAAAAAUAGGAAAACACGGAGAAAAUGGAGCCAAUAAACACUUUACAAAGGCAAAAUCAUGGGGUAUUUCACUCAUUUUCAGUCAGGUAUAUUUCAUUAAAGAGCACAAUAUCGUGGCACCAUAUAAGAUAGAACGGGGAAAAAUGGAGUAUGUCUUUGAACUGGAAGUUUCUGGGAAGGUGGAAGAUGUUGUGGAGACGUUGUUACAGCUGCACAGAGCGUCCUGCCUUGAUAAACUUGGUGACCAAAUGGCCAUGAUAACAGCUAUCUUGCAGUCACGUUUGGCUAGGACAUCAUUUGACAAAAACAGGUUCCAAAGCGUUUCUGAAAAGCUGCACAUGGAGUGCAAAGCAGAGAUGGUAACACCUCUGGUGACAAACCCUGGGCAUGUGUGCAUUACAGACACCAACCUAUAUUUCCAGCCUCUCAACGGGUACCCGAAACCUGUGGUCCAGAUAACACUCCAAGAUGUCCGGCGUAUUUACAAAAGGAGACACGGCCUCAUGCCUUUGGGCUUGGAAGUGUUUUGCACAGAAGACGACCUGUGUUCUGACAUAUACCUAAAGUUCUAUGAGCCUCAAGACAGAGAUGACCUCUACUUUUAUAUUGCCACGUACCUAGAACACCACGUUGCGGAACACACAGCAGAGAGUUACAUGCUGCAGUGGCAACGAGGGCACCUCUCCAACUACCAGUACCUGCUCCACCUCAACAACCUGGCCGACCGCAGCUGCAAUGACCUGUCCCAGUACCCCGUGUUUCCAUGGAUAAUAAGUGACUACUCCAGCUCAGAGCUAGAUUUGUCAAAUCCUGCAACCUUCCGAGAUCUUAGUAAGCCAGUGGGAGCCCUAAAUCCGGAGCGGCUGGAGAGACUGCUGACUCGAUACCAGGAAAUGCCUGAGCCAAAGUUCAUGUAUGGAAGCCACUACUCUUCUCCAGGCUAUGUGCUCUUUUACCUCGUUAGGAUCGCACCAGAAUAUAUGCUGUGUCUACAAAAUGGAAGAUUUGAUAAUGCAGAUAGGAUGUUCAACAGUAUUGCAGAAACCUGGAAAAACUGUUUGGAUGGUGCAACAGAUUUUAAAGAGUUGAUUCCAGAAUUCUAUGAUGAAGACGUCAGCUUUUUGGUCAAUAGUCUGAAGUUGGAGCUGGGAAAGAGACAAGGAGGGCAGAUGGUUGAUGACGUGGAGCUUCCAACAUGGGCCUCAAGUCCCCAAGACUUUCUCCAGAAGAACAAGGAUGCCUUGGAAAGCAGUUACGUGUCUGAGCAUCUUCACGAGUGGAUUGACCUGAUAUUUGGCUAUAAGCAAAAAGGGAGCGAAGCCAUAGGGGCCCAUAAUGUGUUUCAUCCCCUGACCUAUGAAGGCGGUGUGGACUUGAACAGCAUUGAGGAUCCUGAUGAGAAAGUAGCCAUGCUGACCCAAAUUUUGGAAUUUGGGCAGACACCAAAACAGCUGUUUGUGACGCCACAUCCUCGAAGGAUUACCCCCAAGUUGAAAAGUUUGUCCCAAGCCUCCAGCUACAACGCUUCUAUGACAGACUCUCCAGUUUCUCCAGGGGAGGAGUCAUUUGAAGACCUGACUGAGGAAAGCAAAACUCUGGCCUGGAACAAUAUCACCAAGUUGCAGCUACACGAGCAGUACAAGGUCCACAAAGAGGCGGUUACAGGGAUAGCAGUGUCUUGCAAUGGGUCUUCAGUCUUUACCACCUCACAAGAUUCCACUUUGAAGAUGUUUUCUAAGGAAUCCAAAAUGCUACAAAGAAGUAUAUCAUUUUCAAAUAUGGCUUUAUCAUCUUGUUUACUUUUGCCAGGAGACACCACUGUCAUAAGCUCUUCUUGGGAUAACAACGUCUAUUUUUAUUCCAUAGCAUUUGGAAGACGCCAGGACACUCUGAUGGGACAUGAUGAUGCUGUCAGUAAGAUCCGUUGGCAUAAUGACAGGCUGUAUUCUGCCUCGUGGGACUCUACUGUGAAGGUGUGGUCCGGUAUUCCUGCAGAAAUGCCAGGGACAAAAAGACACCAGUUUGACUUACUGGCUGAGCUUGAACACGAUGUCAGCGUCAAUACUAUCAAUUUAAAUGCUGUAAGCACAUUGUUAGUUUCUGGCACCAAAGAAGGCAUGGUGAAUAUUUGGGACCUCACUACGGCCACUUUAUUACACCAGAUCUCAUGCCAUUCAGGGACAGUAUGUGAUGCUGCUUUUAGCCCAGGUGCUUUGUCUGGGAUGGAAAUUCCGUCUUAUCUGGAAGUCGGUCUGGUGAGCUACUUGUUUGGGACCUCCUUGGAGCAAAAGUCAGUGAGCGGAUACAGGGCCACACAGGUGAGUGGAGUCCAGCUAUUUUCAUCUGCUGAUGGGCCCUUUGACACAGACCCUCAUUUCUGACAGGGAGGACUCUCUUAGGCAGACACCACCUCAUGUGUUCUCUGCGUUAACAUUUCCCCUGCACAUUCUGAUUAGCCAAUGGUUAUGUCUUUUAGUUUCCUUAAGGUUUAUAUUUGUUUAAGCCUCUGAAAGAAGUCUUUACUUCCACAUAGAGAAUUAAAAACUAUGGCAAAGCUGGGUAACCGAGUUUUUAAAAUAGUGCAGUCACCAAAAGACAAUGCAAAAAUAAAGCACCAUGGAAAACUAAGGUCUCCUACCUACUGGUGUCAGGCUGCAACUCCUAUACCCCAGGCUUGAGAGGGUUUGGCAGUGAAUCCCAUAUAGAUCUUACUGAAAGCACUGUGUGGAUAGAGCACAGUAUCGUGGAAAGCUCUUCUGCUGCCUUUUCCUUCUCUCUUGCAAACUCCUAGAGGUCUAGUGUAGCGUGCUUACACUGCACGCUCUCCUGGAGAUCCAGGGUCAUCUGCUUACACUGAAUCCUCCUGGUCAUCUGAAGGACUGUUUGAACUGAGACGUAACUGCCUCCUCUCUCUCUUCUCAUACAAUUUUCAUAUGCCUUAUUUCUUCUUAAACCUGUCUCUUAAAAUUAUGUAGCUAUGCUUUCCCCUUCAGUUAAGCGGAUUUUUAGCAGCUACAAUUUUUAUGUGAACCUUUCAAUGGAAAAGGCAUAAAAUCACAAGACUGGCUACAGGCUGCUCACUUCCCAUUCCAUAAAUUUCUCGAUGUUUCUUGUUGUACCAUUCGCCAAGGUGUGUUUCCAUCAACCAUUUGCUUUUAGAGUCAUAGUAAAAUGGUUCACUCCUUGUAAGUUCUCUGUAGAAGCAAGUGUUUUUAAACUUUACAUAGUUUAUAAUAAGAAUACGAGGUAUGGUGAUUACUUCCUGUGUCAGAACUCAGAAGUCAGCAUGGCAGGCACCAUGUCUGCCUU